AUAUCUGCUGCACCCUGCAAGUUUCCUUUCUCUAAUUCUUUCUGCCAUUUCUGGACUCUCUUUCUGCGUUCCUGGUUCCAACAGCUGUAUUUUCACUUGAGAUUUGAUCAGUUGAACAUUUGCAGGUUAAAAAUUGCCGUAGGUAUAGCAAAUGCAGUUGCAUAUCUCCACACUGCAUUUUCUAGACCAGUUAUCCAUCGAAGUAUUCAUUGCUCAAGUAUCGUAUUGGAUCAGAACAAUGUUCCCAAACUCAUUGACUUUGGACUAUGUAUAUCCAUCCCUGAAGGGCAAUCACAUGUAAAGGAUGCUAUUAGAGGGAGAGCAGAGUGGGUUUCACCUGAAUAUUGGGAUAGAGGUCAUUUAACAGAGAAGGCCGAUGUUUAUCUGUUUGGAAAGCUUCUAAUUGAACUUUUAACUGGACAGCAGGCAGUUCACUUUAUGAUGGAACAUGAUAUAACGGAUAUUGGCAAGGUUUCUGCUGAAAAGCUCAGUAACUCUGUUGAUAGUAGAAUAAAAAAUGAAGGAAUUGAUCUGGAGCAGUUGUUGGAUUUUGCAACACUUAGCCUUAGAUGCAUCUCUUUUGAAGAAGAAAAAAGGCCAACAAUGAUCGAGGUUGGCAAAGAACUACGGCAAAUUGAUCAGGCUUGUCCAUUACCUUGUUAGCCUAUCCCCAGUUGAAAAAAAUCUUGUAAGAUGUAGUUGAAUUUGUAUGCAUGGCUGUCUAGACUCUAAGCCAUCGAUUUAUGAAACUUAGCCCACCCGUAAGAUUCUGUUGCUCUAAGGAAGUGAUAUGUAAAUAAAGUCAAACAAAUA